AUGGGGCCUGCACUCACUCACCCUGGUAUUUGGAGUGCAGCCAUCACCACCACACCUGGCAGCUCCCUGCACCUACCUGACCCACCGCCCAAUCCUGUGCCCCGCCCCUUUGGGCCUCCACCUGCCAGCCAGACCCCCUCAGGCCUCAGGCCUCGCUCACCUGAGCUCAGCCACAUUGGGGUUUGCCCCCUCCCACCUCCCAGGAUUUGCCACACCCACCUCCCUCCCCAGAUCCUCAGGCUAAGCCCUCCCUGGGAAGCUUCCAGUCUGGGUCCGGGUGUCCUUGGAGCUCUCCUGGCCUCUGGCCCUCCUCCCAGCAGCCUUAUCAGAUGGAAUUGCACAGUAAUUGUAUCAUCAUCUGCCCAGCACCCAACUCCUCUGGGAGAGGCUGAGAGACAGCAUCUGAAGAGCAGGCCUGGGCCGGAUACUCCCCUGGAUCCCAAGAGAAGGGGCUGUGAAACACUCGGGAAGAAUUUCAACAACGGCUUGGAAAACAAAUUUACCAUGAAAAUGCAGAGGAGUCCAGCCUUGCACAGACAAGGAGAAACGACCUCACUCCAGGUAAACAGAGCCAUGACAACCCUCGCUUUCUUCCCCCACACAGUGGGGCCACUGCCACCAAGGAAAUCGAAGGAUGGUCAAGACUCGGGGUGCACCGAGGAUUUUGCCAGGAACAGGGGAACCAGGGGUCUCGGGUGGCCCAAGUCCCAGUAGCACCCUGCAGGACCAGGCUGGACACCUCAUUUGUGCACUGGUGGGUGUGGCAUAUAAGCAGUGUGGCCAACUGA